CACCUUUUCCUUCAAUUUGUUCAAAGUUCAGUGCCAGACAUGCAUUCAAUGAGGAUUGCACACUUUUAGUGACAGCCAGCGCGGACUGUUUUGAGGAGGCGGCCAGCAUGCAUCUUCCUUCAAUGGAUCCUUCAGGCCCAUGUUGAAAGUUGGAAGGAGCCAUUUGAAAGGUUUCCAAAGGCUACGGCGGCAAUCAGUGUGUGUGGUACAUUUGCGGAGUUGUAUGUAACCUUUUGCGCCUAAGCUGGUUCCCUUCGAAGACACGGUUUUAGAGACACGGUUUACUAUCAGAUGCUUCCAAGUAAGUAGCAACCUGUUACAGCAAUGGAGCUCUCACAUGCAUACAUUCAGCACCCUCCCCUGCGCUUUGACAUUCCUGGGGCGCUUGGGGUGAUGUACGAUGACGGCAACAAGCUACUUCUUGUUCCCGCUCAGGGGUGCAUCUAUUCGUGGCCUGCAGCUCACCACCCCCCUGAAUCUAAACCCGCUGUCACCAAAGUCAAAGAGGGCCCCGUGCUCGCCGUGCGCUUUGCCCUGGAUCGCAAGUUUGUCUCCAUUCAGCGGUCGGACUAUGAGAUGGAGAUCAUCGACCUUGAAAGAAACUAUGCUUUCCGGCAGCGGUGCAAGCAGAAGGGGGAGCGGAUCCUGGGGUUUUUCUGGAGCGAUUCCCCAGUCGCUGACCUCGUUUUCGUGACCUCUGGGGGGCUGGAGAUGUACGCGAUCCUGCAGUCAAGGAAGGGGCUGAGGCUGAUGGAAGUGCGACGCCAGGAUGUCAGCUGGUACGUCUACACUCACGAGAGCCGUAUGGUCCUCUUGGCCAGCGGCAUGCAGUGCAAGUCCCUCGCAGGCUUCCAGUUUAGUGCGGGGGGCCUCGUGCGCCUACCCAAGUUCGAGGUCACCAUAACCCGUGAGGGGGCUAACCGGAAACCCGUUCUGGCCCCUGAGGACGUCCGGAUUGCGACCAUGUACGGACGGCUGUACUGCCUCCAAACAGACAGGGCUGCGCGACAGCUGCGGAUGUACCGCUUCUACAGGGAUGCGGUCGUGCCGCAGACCUCGCUGUCACUGUACUCAACAGAGGUCGCCAUCAACGUCGUCGACAGCACCCUGGUCAUCCACAACACCGACUCGGGCGUCGUCCUCCUCUUUGACGUCCUCUCUGACGUCAGCCAGCCCCUGGCCUCCCCCCUCCCGCUGACCCUGCGGGGCGCCCCCUCCGAUGAGAAGGCGCUUGCGCCCCACGAGAAGGAGCUGUACGGCGCCGGAUGGGUGUACUUGAAUCCGGACUUGAUUCUGGACCAUAAGCACGGCCUGCUGUGGAAAGUCAGGCUCGACCUGGAGGCCAUCGCCGCCAGCUGUUCCGACCCCAGCGCCCUCGUCGGCUUUCUGCAGCGCCGCCGGGCCGAGCCGCAGGUUGGCCGCCGGUUGACGAUCGCCGCGCUACAGUCGAUGCUAGCCGAGCGCAGUCCCCUGCAUGCGGUGGGGGCCGCUCUGGACGUCGUUGCGCUGGCGUGUGCGAGCGCCAUGAAAGUGACCAGCCAAGCGCUCUCCGCCCCCUCCCCCGGCCCCUCUGCCCGCAUUACCCCCGCACAUCUGCGCCUCGCCCACGCGCGGCCGCUCGGCGCACCCCCGGCCAACGAGGCGACGACGUCAGCGCAGCCCGUAGGGGAACACGUGGCGGCGUCUGAGCUGCCGCGGCUGCUGUCGAGCGGCUUCGCAGGGCCCCCACCGCAGAGAGAGGAGGAGAAGCCGCCUGAACUGCGCGAGGGGAGUAGUACGACCGGUGUGGAUAAGGGGGAGACCGGGGAAAGGGAGAAGGGGGGUGGUAAAAGUGGGUAUCUGGAAGGAAGAGAGGACGGAGGAGGAAACGGGAGGGCAGAGGAGGAUGGCGCGUCGGGAGGUGAGGGCGCUGAGGAAAAGGGGAGAAAACCAAGCGCCGAGGCGAAAGGCAAAGGGAAAGUAGAACUGGGAGCCAGCCCCGGUCCCCUUAGCGAACCCAGCCAAAAUCGUCGGUGGCCUACCGACCGGCCCAAACUGUCCCUCGGCGAGAUCCGCCCAGAUGACCCCGAACCGAGUGCGUCCCGCCCCUCCUCAAGCGGCCGGGUCGUUCCCCCGGGGGGUCCUCCCUCCCUGCAAAACAGCCCGGUGUGGCGUGUGCUGUCCCCGGUGGUUCCUCCCGACGAGGUGUUCUCGCAGGUCCUGAGGGACGCCCCUAGAGAGGGAUCCCCCGGGGCUUUGUACCUGGCAGCGGUGCUGAUCGAACAUAUACGGAGCUUGGCGGCGGUGGACUUGCGCACCCCCCCGGAAGUGUACGAGCUGCUGAUCCGGCUGCUGCUGCAGGAGGGGCGGGCGGGGCAACUCACGGCGCUGCUCGAAAGCAAGGUAAUCGAGCCGUCCGUGGCCGUAGCCCAGCAGCUUCUUGGGGAAGCGGUGGAUCAGCCGGACGUCCGCUCGAUUGGUCUAAGCAUGCUGCGGACGCUGAAGGCACACAGGGAAUACGUGGACGCCCUCUUGGCGUUUGGAAACCUUACGGAGGCCAUGCGUUACGUACGUCAUCAGCAGGUCGAAGACGUCAUCCCGCCCGCGUCCUUCCUGGAGCGGGCCGUAACACUGGGGAAUAAGCAGUUACUGGCUGCAGUGUACCGUUUCUGUGUGGAUUCUAUACCGGGCUUUGCAAACUCGCCGGACCAGAGGCUGUAUCUGCCAGUCCUUCAGCAGCAAGUGGCAGCAGGGGGAGAGGGCGCACCCUGGUAGCUCUUGACAAGGUUUCAAGUCGAGAAAGUUACAUGCGGAAGAGAUCGUCGAGCUGAUGAAGGGCAAAUUAAAGGACUUGAACAUUCCCGUGAUACUGAGACGUUGUAUCAAUUGCGUCAGUUCGCCCCCAAGCUUGUAAGUCGAGAUGAACCAUUGACUGAUGCGCAUUCAAUCUUGUUCUCCCUUGCAACCUAAUCCAUAUACACCCCGGA